AUGCCGGUCGUUUGGAUGCUGCGGCGGGUUGCCAGCCGGAUGCUGCAGAGACCGGCCUGUGGCUGCCAGGCUCCUGUCCUGCCCAGCCGGUUUCUGGGCACCUCCCCUCAGCAGAUUCCAGCGGAUGCCAACUUCCACUCUACCUCGUUCUCUGAAGCAGACCAACCGCGCGUCUUAAUUACAGGGGGUCUUGGCCAGCUUGGAGUGGGGCUUGCUAGCUUUUUGAGGAAACGAUUUGGGAAGGACAACGUGAUUCUGUCUGACAUUCGGAAGCCCCCUGAGCACGUCUUCCUUAGUGGCCCGUUUAUUUAUUCCGACAUCCUGGAUUACAAGAAUCUGCGGGAGAUCGUGGUGAACAACCGUGUCACCUGGCUGUUUCAUUACAGCGCCCUGCUCAGUGCAGUGGGAGAAGCAAACGUGUCCCUGGCCAGAGCUGUGAAUAUCACUGGACUGCACAAUGUCCUGGACGUUGCCGAGGAGCACGGUCUGCGAUUGUUUGUGCCAAGCACCAUAGGGGCGUUUGGACCUACUUCUCCGCGGAACCCCACCCCCGAUCUCUGUAUCCAGAGACCCAGGACUAUCUACGGGGUGUCCAAGGUCCACGCGGAGCUCAUGGGCGAGUAUUAUUAUUACAGGCAUGGGUUAGAUUUCCGGUGCCUGAGAUAUCCUGGAAUCAUUUCUGCUGACUCCCAACCUGGAGGAGGAACGACUGACUACGCGGUCCAGAUUUUCCAUGACGCCGUCAAGAAUGGCAGAUUUGAGUGCAACCUGAAACCCAGCACGAGGCUCCCGAUGAUGUACAUUGAUGACUGCCUCCGGGCCACCCUGGAGGUCAUGGAGGCUCCGGCAGAGUCCCUCUCCAUGAGGACUUACAAUGUCAAUGCCAUGAGCUUCACCCCCGCGGAGCUGGCCCAGGAGAUUCUCAAGCACGUUCCAGAAUUCCAGAUCACCUACAACGUGGAUCCUGUCCGACAGGCCAUAGCCGAUAGUUGGCCAAUGAACUUUGAUGAUAGCAACGCCCGGAAGGACUGGGGCUGGAAGCACGAUUUUGACCUCCCGGAGCUGGUGACAACGAUGUUGAACUUCCACGGUUCCGAGAGCAGAGUUGCCCAGGCUAACUGA